AUUUUAAAAUCUCGCCCCCUCCUGUCUAUUCUUUUUUUGAAACGGCCAAUGUUAUUAAGCAAUACCCGUGCAAGAAUGAUCGUGCACCAACAACCAUAGAAAAAAUAUAAUGCAAAUAAAAAUCUAGGACGCAGGGAGCCAAAAGUUAGGUGGGCCCAACCCACGAUUUAGAACUGAAAGUUUUGGCCCAACAUAAACAAAUAAAUGUUUAGAUAGAAAAGUGAGUGUGGAAACGUAUUGCAAUUGCAAAGAAAUUAGGUCAAAGAGUGGAGAAGAUGGAGGAAGGGUGGUGGCGUUCUGUUGUUGUGAAUGUUCGUCAACAACAUGUUUGUCAGCUGCGUACUUUCUUUCAUUUGGAGCAGAUCAGCGUUUUGAACAAUUUUGGUACCGUUCGUAAAGCUAAGAUAAUCAAAUACGACAUUGAUGAAGGUUUUUCUUUCUGUUUCCGUUUAACAUCUUUUGCUUGGCAUUUUGUGAAACUUAUAGGGGAAAUACUUCCUGUCAGGUUUGAUUGGGAUAUGAUUCCUCCUGAAAGUGAAAGAUACCUUUUUCGUGUUGAAAUCGUCCCCAUUUGCUGCGGGGAUUUGAUCUUUCUGCCUCCUAAUGUUGUUGCUUCUUUCGGUGAAAAUAUUGGUCCUAUUGUCAUUUGCACUAGGGUUGCCAAAACAUUUACUUUGCUUGAUCCAUUUACCUUGACCCACUGUUUCUUAGAUGCUCAUCAGUACUGGAAAGCACCAUUCACACAUUCAUUCAAUAGGACUCAGUUAGUCGAAUAUGUUGUUCUCGAUACUGUCCUCCUCCAGGAUAACCAAGAUGAAGAAGAAGAGGAGGAUAAGGAGAAAAAGAAGAAUUAUGAUGCUGAUGCUGUUGCUGCUGCCAAAAAAUAUUGUUUAGCUGAUGCUGUGGUUGCUCGUGUGAAAGAUAUUGGAAAUAAUGACACAACUUUUCAAAUCAGGACUCAUCUUGGUCGUAUUUUAAAACCCGGUGACCAUGCUCUUGGUUAUGACCUGUCUGGAGGAGAAGGAGGAGCUGACACCAACAUCAAUAUCAACCUUCCUGCUGCCAUUUUGAUCACCAAGAUUAGUUAUGCCGAAGAGAAUGGUAGAGUUGUUGCUCUUCAUGAUAAGUGGGAAUCUGAUUAUCAACUCUUCUUCAAUGAUCUACAACAAGACACUAAACUCCUCUUCAACGUAAGAGCAGCCUACCGAGAUCAAACCAAAAGCUACACAUAUGAUGGGCCCUUCGUAAUCCCCCCUACCAGACCUUUUGUUCCAUUGGAGGACUUGCUUGACGGAUGAUCUAGUUACUAGCUUAAACAAAAAUCACUUUUGUUAAUGUUUUGUUUGUUCCAAUAACAACAAAAAUCAAGGAAGAUGCUUUUCAUUUAUUAGGUUCUUUCUAUUUGCAAUUUUUGUUUCAUGUUUAUGUUUAUUCCAAUGACAAGAACAAGUGCUUUUCACUUAGGUUGCUGCAGUUUGCAAUUUCUGUUUGAUAUUUAUGUUUAUUCCGAUUACAAGAACAAGUUACGUGUGUUGAUCGUGCUUCACAAACCAUGCCUGUCAUUAUAUUCGGCAUAAAAAGUUCCUUUCACCAUUUCAUGUCUUCCAUGUGGUACACUAGAAAGCUUACAGAUACAAUUAAGCAGCUAAUAUGCAUUGGUUCGAUCUUCUCUGCUACGUAAAUAUCUGUUUCAUAAAUCUUUAACAGUUAUUUGUAGUAUCGUAUUACCUUUUAUAUUGAUUAAUUCCUGUGCUGAAUUGAAAUAUUUUGUGGAUCUGUUAUAUAGUUAUAAAUAGUUUACUCUUUUUGGACUUGAGCUUUGAUUAAUCUAUUACAUACACUAAGAAGUAAAACUAGCAAACCAUCUUUAUUAGGAGAUUCCACCUACAUAAAUAUUUUUUUUUUAAAAGAACUACAUUAAUUGUUGAAAGUUCAGUGUUGCUGCUUCUAAUAUGCGUCCUUUCUUUCAUUCGCUGAAGCAUGGUGGUGGCAACUGCUUCUGUUGUGAGAAUCAAACGGACGGAUCAAGCUUCACCAUGCUGCUGUGAAAGUCUGUUAUGCAGGAAACUCUUCCCUAGGCAGCUUGGCACCAAUGUGAUCAUAUAUCUCUAUUUUUGUUUCACAACUUGCAAAGGCUGCAUUAGGUGAUGAUUUACCGUGGAAUCUGCAAACUCUUCGAAAAAUCUAAUACUGGUUUUUUACCUUAAUUAUGCAGUUAACAGUUCAGCAACUAAUGUGCAUUGGUUUGAUUUUCUUGUAUGUAAUGUAAGUCUCAGUUUUAUUAUAAAUCUAAAACAGUUCAUACAGUGUUACAUUUUUUUUUUUCUUUCUGAAUUCAUCUGCAAGUUGGAUUCAUUUAGUGUUGGCAAAGCUAUGGGAAGUCAUGAACCCUCUAAAGUUAUCAUAUUCUCUUGGCAAAUAUUACUCUGCCACUACCAACAAAAGAAAAUUUUACUAAGCGAGGAGUUUUUGAGGGAGGGGAUGAGUCGAUGUGUGAGUGAUGUCCAAGAGAAAGGGAAUCAAAAGACCGCUUGUUUAUCAAAUAUUAUUUCACGAGUGCCAUUUGGUAUGAGAGUUUUU